AUGGGCUGCCGCGCCUCGGCCGAGGAGCGCGCCGCCGCCGACCGCAGCCGCCAGAUCGAGAAGGCGCUGCGCGAGGAGCGCGAGCGCGCCGCCAGGGACGUCAAGCUGCUGCUGCUCGGUGCUGGCGAAUCGGGCAAGAGUACGAUAGUGAAACAAAUGAAGAUCAUCCACGAGAGCGGCUUCACGGCGGAAGACUUCAAGCAGUACCGGCCCGUCGUCUACAGCAACACGAUCCAGUCCCUCGUCGCCAUCCUGCGGGCGAUGCCCAACCUCGGCAUCAGCUUCUGCAACAACGAGAGGGAGACGGACGCCAAGAUGGUCUUCGACGUGAUCCAGCGCAUGGAGGACACGGAGCCCUUCUCCGAAGAGCUGCUGGCGGCGAUGAAACGCCUGUGGGCGGACUCGGGUGUACAGGAGUGCUUCGGUCGCUCCAACGAAUACCAGCUCAACGAUUCUGCCAAAUACUUCCUGGAUGACCUGGACCGGCUGGGCGCCAAGGACUACCAACCAACGGAACAGGACAUCCUCAGGACACGAGUCAAGACCACGGGCAUCGUCGAGGUGCACUUCUCCUUCAAAAACCUCAACUUCAAACUGUUCGACGUAGGCGGGCAGCGUUCGGAGCGAAAGAAGUGGAUACACUGUUUCGAGGACGUGACGGCGAUCAUCUUCUGCGUCGCCAUGUCCGAGUACGACCAGGUGCUCCACGAAGACGAAACCACGAACCGUAUGCAGGAAAGUUUAAAACUUUUUGAUUCUAUCUGUAACAACAAAUGGUUUACCGAUACAUCAAUCAUCCUAUUCCUGAACAAAAAAGAUCUUUUUGAGGAAAAGAUAAAGAAGUCUCCUUUGACGAUAUGCUUCCCUGAAUAUGCUGGAGCACAGGAGUACGGUGAAGCAGCAGCUUACAUCCAAGCUCAAUUUGAGGCGAAAAACAAAUCCACCACAAAAGAAAUCUACUGCCACAUGACAUGUGCCACUGACACCAACAACAUUCAGUUUGUGUUUGACGCAGUCACCGAUGUCAUCAUCGCUAACAAUCUCCGCGGGUGUGGCCUUUACUGAGCGGCACUGUCAUCUACACUGCAGACGAUGUGUGCAUUCCGUUUCUGUUCCAUUGUGUUUGUUAAUAUGUGGUGGGUGAUCGUAGAGACACUCCGCCCGGCAACAGACAGGAGGCUAUUCCUUAUCACAGAGACGACACUUCUAAAAGCAAGAGAGGAUGAAUUGUACAUUUAAAAGUAUAAAUGUUUUAAUGUAAACUCGCUCCACCAAUAUCUUGUUUUACAUUAUCUACUGUAGUGCAUGUUAGUCUCUUUUUCAUUAUUGCUCAUCAACUCUUAUUUAUCACACCAGAAAAUAUGAAAACAAACAAAAAAAUAACAAUUGGGUCGAUCGCAGGGACAUCAAAGUGCCAACACGUGUUCAUUUAAAUCUAUUAUCACACAUUUUGUAAAUGAGUAGUACAUACUUGUUUAAGUUUUAGCACAUAAGUGCAUCAUAUUGUUUUUAUAUUUGCCUUGCCUUACUGGCUGCACACAACUUGAGCUGCUUCAGGUGUUGCACAGUCCGCUUUCCUAAGUAUCCUCUCCAUGAAGAAAAAUACUUGCAUUUUUCUGUGGAAAAAUUAAAUGUUAUCUGAAGUUGUAAUGAUGUGUACAGAAGUUAUUAGGACUACACAUAUGAUGACGAAACAUCACUGCUGAUAACUGUUUAGGAAUAAGACACACAGGAGGGAAAUCAAUUCUGUAAUGUUAAAUGCUUUCCCAUAACUAAGUUGGAUGUAAAUUUUGGAAAUACAACUUUGUUGGCAAAUAAGAAAUGAUAUGACUCACUUGAUACUGAGAUAUUUUAGCUUUUGGAAAUGUGCUGAUGAGUCAGUAUAGGUACUGUGUAGUUCUGUCUAUAGACUUAAUUUGUUAUUUAUAACUUUUUCAUUUAUUUUAUUAUGUAAGUGUUGAAAAUGAAUGAUUUCUAAAGUAUAAAUAGAGAUGAUAUAUGCACACGGACACAAAUACACACACACAUACACACACACAUUUGAAUAUUACUAAUAUAUAUAUGGUAUAUACAUAAAGAAAUUGAAAAGGAAGAACAGGUGCUGAAGAGUGAACCUUGGAGACCUUUGUCCAAGUGUUACUUGCAUUUAUAGUAGCAGACCUAGUCAAGACAUUCCCAGAGGUAGUCAAGUGCAGAUCCUAUUACAUUCUGUUGCACAUUUCACAAGCAAACAGCAGAAAUAGGGAACAUUUGUGUAUUGUGUAAUUUUUAUGAAUACCUAAGUCAUUUGUUAUUGUGAAUCUAGUCAGUAGUGUUGAAUUCACCUUAUGAUUUUAUUUCUCAAUUUUUUGCAAAUUGUUUUCUUCGUGAAGCAUCCAUAAUUUAUUUGUUUACUAAUUCCUGUGUGAUAUUGUCAUCACCUGUUACUUGGCGAAAAGUGAGAGUAGAGAUGGGUGAAUUGUGUAGUCCAAAGUGGACAAAAGAAUCAGUGUUUCGUAAGAACUUCUGCUUUGUGCAUUGGCAAUUUCUCAUUCGCUAAAAUGUGUCUUCAUCCCAUGGCCCUGUACAGUCGAAUUUUUAAAUAAACAGACUAAAUAUUAUAUACAGAUGUAUUCCUGAUCAGUGUGGAAAAAUAUUUGCUUCAUUGUGAUCAAAGGAAGAUAAUCAUUUUUUGUAUUUAUUUUACAACCAAAAUAAAAAAACAAAAGAAUUGUUAUAUGACCAGCAUGAAAAAUUAUGCUUUCAUGUGGAUCUUAAAAUUUGUGAUUGAUGCUACUGUAACAGAGAAGUGCCUACAAUAUAUCUGCUGAGUCCCAUAAUUGUGCUGUUAAUGUGAAUUUCAACUAUGCGCAAUAUAUGGUACUGUGUGCACUGCUGAUUAAAAUGGGGGAGGGAAUCAUAAAUCUCUUUGAAAGUCAAAUUUUUUGGGCUGUACAAAAAGAAAUUUGAUAUCUUGAUUUGAUCACAUAUACCAAAUAUUAUUAAGUAAUACUGUGGAAUACUGUAUAUAAUGGUAAAUGCAGUUAUAACAUUGUUGCUUAGUUGGGAUAAAUAAUAAAUAACAAUAAAUAAUAUUAUUGAAAAUAAUUAUUACUAUGGUAAUAUGUUCAUGUUCAACUAGUAGGCUCACAUACAUAUAAAUUUAUUAAAGCUAGAGGAUUUGUGUGUUUCUCUGUGAAGAAUAAGAAGCAGUUUGAUGUAGAAUUGUUCUCAGAGUGAGCUCUUUCCAUAGAAACUGGGCAACAAAACAUUGCAAAUCUCCGGGAUUGGCCAUUACAUAUCAGAGGCCACACUUACCAGCUCAGGUCUCACAACAUGAUUGACAGUGGAAACUGCCACCAAUCAACAAAAAUGGAGUUUGGUUGUCAAUGUUUUUCUCCAGUAUAUUUCAGGACCUAAUAUGUUCUUAAUAUUGUGGUAGGUUACCACAUUGACAUUGUCAGUGAAUCAGUGGACAUUGGAUCAGUGGACUGUUUAUGUGUACCUUUCUGUCUUGUUUGAUGAAGGUGGGAACGGGACCACCCUUAGAAAUGUGUGUAUUAUGAAAUAUGAAAUGCAUUUUGAGUAAGAUAUAAAUAUAUAUAAAUAUAUACACCUUCCCAAGGAUCAUCAUGUCUGUGAUUAUGUAUAGUUUCUUGGUAUUUCAUUUUUAUUGCCAUUAUCAUUCAUUCACCAUUUAUGAUAUAUCAUUCACUUGCUAAAUAUUUGUUCAUUUGUUCUUAACAUCACAAGAUGCUUUGAAUCACCCUUGAAGUGCAAAAUAAAACAAAAUCAUGUUUCUCUUCUCUAAAUUUUGUUGUUGGCAUUAACGUUAUUUGCUUUACUCUUCUAACCAUUUCAGUUUUAAGGCAGCAUCUAACACAUAGUGUCAUAUCCAGAAAUCAUAUUUGUGAAUUACCAAAAAUAAUUGUGUGAGACAUUUGCUGUGUGACUGCCACAAUACAUCAUCCCAUCCAUAUUUUAAAAGAGGUUUGUCAUGCCUGCCAGUUUAUUGCACAUAACAGAAAAGUUUGUGCAGUUUUUUUCUAAAAACUUAGAAGAAAUUCUAUAUUAAUUGCCAAAUAUGUUUCCAUGUUGUAAAUGGAAGAGGAGUGAAACAUGAGUUCAGAUUCAGAAAAGGAAUGUAAUAAUCGUAGAUAAUUAUUUCCAUGGAUAUCACCUUUCAUAAAUUUCUUCAUUGUCACAAUUGUUUGCUUCUUCAUUUAUGGUUAGUCAUUUUGCUGUAGUUUUGUGUUGUACCAAAGACUAAAUUAAAAACCAAAUGAAAUUUAUAAUUUCAUGAGCUGCAGAUUUAACAAGAAAUCAGAGAAGCAGUUAAUUUUGUACUGGUUGCAGAUGUUAUGUUUACUGACAUUUCAUAGAGUGAAAUUUCUUUUGUAACAUCUUUCAUUCAUCAUCGCCUGCAGUCUGCAUUAUGAUGUGGAAUGCUGGUGCCUGUUAUUGUUUGCAUGUUAUAAUCUUGUAGACCAGAACUUUGUACAUGAUGGACACUUUUGAUUUACUGGACAAAGAAAUGGUAGUAUCUUUGUAGUUAUAAGUCCCAAAUAGUGGACUGAAAAAGCUUCUGUCAGCAUUAAAGAUGGUCAUUGUGACAGCAGGAGUUUGUAUUUGCAGGUUCCAUUUAUUCAUUUUGAUGAGAAUAAAAAUAAUACAUAGUUUAGAUCUUGUGACAAUACAGAAAUUCUUGCAUAACUAAGUGAUCAUGAUUCCAAUGGCUUUCCUCUACUGUUCAACAUUUCUUCAUCAUAUUUCUUGCUGCUGGCACAUCCUCCUGUUCAUCAUGCACCAAAAUAGUGUUCUUCAAUACAGAUGACCCUGUUAUCAUGCAUAUUAAGCACAGCCAAUAUUCUGAAAUUAGUUCAAAUUAUGUGGCAAAUAAUGACAUUUAAUCCAGCAUAGUUUCCUAUUCACCAUUGUUUUCUGCACUUACUGUUCUUAGUCAUUUCUUUUUAGUUGGAAGUUCUUAUUUUUAUGUUUGGCUUAACUUUUUGUGACCCAGUUACUUCUUUUUAUAUUUUUUGUGUUUAUGUUUUUCUAAAAGCACCUAUAUGAUUUCUGUGAAAGAAUAUUUUCUCAGUCCUUCAUACAAACUCAAGAAUUUACAUUUGAAUUGUGUGAAGAUAGGUGUUUGUCAGUUUUUGCUAGGAAAUAUGAGACACAUCUAAGUGGAAAUGAAAUAAAAAAGAUGUAUAAAUGGUGAGGUAGUUCAUGAGAGUUAUGUUUAAUUUGAAGUGAUUAAUAGACUCUAUUUUUGGUCAGUGAUUACACAUACAUGACAGAACAGAAAAUAUUCAUUCAGUGGAAAUUUGUGUCCAUAUUCUAUUGUUUUAUCUACAGAGUUAUAUUUUAUAAAAUGAAGGAUAUGGAUUUCAGGUUUCAUUUUAAUUUGUUUAUGACAUCAUAUAAUACUGGUGCAUAUAAGAUGUAUUUAUAGGUAUGUAUGUUCUAAAUGAUUACUGGAUUAAUAAUCUUAAGAAAUAUUUAGUUAAUAAAUUUAACAUUUAAUAUAGUUCUGAUUUGCAAUAAUUUUAAUUUGCCUUGUAAUAAUUCUACUCACUGAUAGAAAGGAGACACUAUUUUCAAUAUUCACCCACUUUAAUUUUUCAGUGACAGUAAGUAUGAAUAGCUUUCAUCAUUUACUGAACAUGUCUUGUGGAAAACUCAUAGUAUGUUCAGAGAAAAAGUGUUGAUCUGGGUGCAAAAUGUUUGAUGGAAUGUUUUUUAAUGGUUUGGUAUUCUCUAGAAAAUGAGUGUCUGAAAGUGGAACAUUGUUCCUGCAGUGCAAAAUUAUUUAAAAUUAGUCACUGUUUCCACUCAUUUGUAUUCUGAUUCCAUCUAAGUUGGGAGCAGAUAUGAGAGUUUAGUCUGUAACAUGAUCUCAUGGCACAUAUGUAACAGAACACCAUACAGAAAAUAGAUUUUUGCUACACACUUUUUAAUAAAAUUCAGUUUGUGUAAAGUACAUUUAUGAGUACAUGCUUCGUGGGGUAGCAUAUGAAUAAAAGCUGAAAGAGUAAAA